GAGCGUUUGGGACUCGUGCCAUCCGGAACUCACUCCUCUCUUCCGCGCCGUGAAUUGCAGCUAUACACAAGGGUAGACGGCCAGCGACGUACGUGUGCACUCGCCGCCACAACAGACUAAACCGUCGAGCAAUUAAAAUUGCACCGGGUUCGCAACAUGCAAAUGAUCACGCGCAAUAAUGGAUCUAGUGCACACGUCUAACACACACGCUGGGUUUGGCGGCGGCGGCCGUUACGGACUGCAGUUGUUGGCCAGCGAUUCUCAUGCACACUCCGACGGUUCGGCCGAAUCGCCGCAGCACCACCGCGACGCCGGAUCUACUGCCUACUGGAACUGCUGGCAACAGUUGUCCGUAGCGGCGGAACAGCAUCAGUUGCCGCCGUACGGAACACACCCGCAGCACCCGCCGAGCAUAUUCAACGUCGAUCACUGGCACGACAGUCCUGGCCAACAUUCAGACACUGCUGUCCAAUCGCCACCUUCCAGACCGAACAGUGCGCCCGAAUGGGACAGCUCAUACUUUGGAACGUCAAAUACCCCAAAGAGGCCAAGUAGCAGAGAAUCGCUAUCUCCGACUGUGGCCCGGAGAAGACGACUGGCCGCUAACGCCAGGGAACGCCGUCGGAUGAACGGAUUGAACGAGGCAUUUGAUCGGUUACGCGAAGCAAUACCAACUACAACAGAGGACGACCACAAACUCUCAAAAUACGAGACGUUGCAAAUGGCUCAAAGUUACAUAUCGGCAUUAUGCAAUUUAUUGGAACAUGUUCACAAAUAAGACUAUUAGAAUUAAACCGUAAUUUAAUUCUCGAUUGUAUAAUUUUUACACAUGGUUUUUUUUUCUAGUCACAUAACACAAUAUUUAUAAAAAAAAUAUAUCUAUUAUACCUAAAAAUAAAACGAUUGAAAAAAAUAAUCGAUUAUAUU